CGCCCGGCUUACCCUUUCUUUUUCGGCAAUCCAGUGUGGUCUUGUUUUCGAGCGUGCUCUGGAUUUGCCCAGUAUAGCGGAGGUGUUUCGGUGCUGGAUAUUGGCCGAGUAUAUCGUCGACGGGCAGCAAGUUUUUAGCGUCGCUUCACCACUCGUUUAGUGGCUUUCACUCCGUCGAUCUGCUACUACCGGGACAUCAGUAUACCAAGAUGCUGGCCGUUACGUGUCUUCUUAUCGCUGGACUGUCCAGCUGCGCACUGGGAGGUCCAACCACAAAGCAACCAGCGGGCUGUACAAACGAGAGCUUCGAGAAGUGCGGUACCGACCUUAUCCUCUUCGCCGGAGGACCGGUCAUUCCCACCAAUAAGGAGCAGCUGCUCACGUCCUGCCCGAAGGAGAAAGCAUCGGAGAAGUGUGCCCGCGCGUACUCGACCAAGUGCCUCGCCCGGUUCCCUCGGGGCAUGGUCAUGCUCCUGCUGGACGGCAUUCGCAACGAGGUCAACGCCAAGUGCAACACCAGCAGCCCCAGCGGACAGGAAUACCUGAAGCACGCGACGUGCCUCAACACCAACGGCGCGCGCCUUCACCAGUGCAUGAGGGACCUUACGCACAUCCUGGAUCAGAGCGUCGACGCACCACAGAAGAGCCGCCUGGCGCUGUCCUGCUGCUCGUUCAACACAUACAGGACUUGCAUGACCGAAUCUGUGAAUGGAGCGUGCGACAGUUCGACCAAGGCCUACGUGGACAAGCUCAUCACCGGAUACGCGGGAGACCUUCUUGACACCGUGUGCGCCAACUACAAGACUGGAUCGGACGCCUGCAAGACGCUGCCGCCUUUGCCCAAGUCGACCAAGACGGGAAGGUCUGCGUCGCUGCUGUCCCCGUUGGCACGAAUCGUCACCAGCUUGAACGGAUGAACCGGUCACUGUUUACGUGUCGAGAGCGCGAUGUCUUGACUCCAUACACUCCUGUAGCCAGUGGUGAAGCUGCGGCAGGGAAUUUGCGAGAGAA